GGAACGGAUACACAGCGUAAUAUAUUUUUGAUAUUAGCAUUUUUUUCUUAUGCGUUUCUUCUAAAUAUUUCAAAUAAAAAAAAUGUUCUCCAUUUGCUAUGUGACGACCCCUACCAUGAUUGUGGCAUCCACUCUUUCAAAAAUCUUAGUGCAGAAUCGUCGGGUGGCAGCCUGCGUGAACAUUGUCCCUUCCGUUACCUCGGUCUAUGAGUGGGAGGGAGAGCUGAAAGAGGAUACGGAAUGCCUCAUGAUUAUUAAAACCCAGACCAGCCGUGUGAAGGACAUUAUUGAGUUGGUUAAAGCGAAUCAUCCAUACGAUUGCCCAGAAAUUAUCAGCAUGCCCAUGGGGGAGGGCUAUGUACCGUAUUUAGACUGGAUAAGUCAGAAAACGGGUUCGAGGAUCGGUUAAUUUGCUGAAUUUCACACAUAUCGUAGUUUAUGAGUUAGACAAUUGACGGAAUUUUAUCGAGUAACUAUUUAUUUCCUCGACAAUAGCUGAAAAAGGU